AAGACCAGUCUUUUAGCAUAUGAAGUUAAUUACCCCUUUAUGGUUUUCCAGCGGUGGGUACCGGUUUCACCUCAACAAAGGCAUGGAAAUUCAAUUGUUGAAGUCUACAGGAUUGUGGAAGAGACGGUCAAUCAGUUCUUUGCUCUGGAAGUUCCAAUGAGGCCAGGAGAACUGGGUAGCCUCUUUCGUGGCAUUGAUAAUGCAUUUCAAGUAUAUGCAAAGACCGUUUUAGAUAAGAUUGCUAAUAAGGAAGAUAUUGUUCCACAUGUGCCUAUUUUGAUGAGAUACUCAAGGGAAAGUGGAAUUAAGGCAUUUGUAAAGAAGGAGUUGAAGGAUACAAGGAUACCAGAUGUCUUGAAGUCUGUUGAAAUUGACGUAGAGGCAACAUCAAUGCUUUACUUGCAGUUGAAUAGCCUUCAUGUUAGUUAACUUCUACUUUCCCUC